AUGGCGUUAAUCGCCACAAAAUCCUCGCUACGCCUUGCACGGAGGCAGCCAUGUUUGUGUGGGGUCAUAGAGACGCUGAGGACCUAUAGUAUCAGUAAUAUGGCAGUGGGACCAGUUGACCCUAGGGAAAUUUUGAAGGGAGUGGAGAAUCUCCUCGGGAAGGAUGGAGAGCUCCGGAGUCUGGAGGGCGUGCCUAAAGUAUUCAGUUUGAUGAAGGCUUCUACCAAGAUGGUCAGUAGAUGCAUGUACCUGAACAUCCUGCUGCAGACCAAGUCACAUGAUGUUCUCAAUAGGUUUAUCCGAGUCGGGGGCUACAGGCUUCUCAACUCGUGGCUCACAUACUCCAAGACCACCAACAACACCCCACUGCUACACCUGAUACUGCUCACUCUACAAAAGCUGCCCCUCAAAGUGGACCACCUCAAACAGAACAACACGGCCAAGCUGGUGAAGCAGCUGAGCAAGAGUGCAGACACUGAGGAGCUCCGGAAGCUGGCGUCUGUGUUGGUAGAAGACUGGAUGGCCACGAUCCGAUCCCAGAAAGCCUCUGCUGCUGAAGUGACAGUUGACAAGAAAAAGAGGAAAGAAGAGCCCAAAGCCCCGGUGGCCAAGGAGAAGAAUGUGGAGGAGGAGAAGAAGAAGGAGAAGAGCAAAGCCCACGCCCCUAGUCACGCAAAGAUCCGCUCUAUUGGUUUUGACAUGGACACGCCUCACCCUCCUCCCGCCAAGAAGCCCCCAGUAGCACCCCAGCUGGGAGACAAGUACAACAUCAAGCCCCCAGUGCUCAAGAGGCCCAGCGGUCCCUUUGACGCGCCGCCCCAGGAGAAGAAGUACAAGCCCCUCAACACGCCGUCCAAUGCCACCAAAGAGAUCAAAGUCAAGAUCAUUCCAGCCCAGCCGAUGGAGGCGACGGGCUUCCUGGACGCUCUGAACUCUGCGCCAGUUCCUGGCAUCAAGAUCAAGAAGAAGAAGGCGGCGCCCACCUCGCCCGCGUCUAAGGCCGUGUCGCCCACCAAUAAUAAGGCCAACCCGUUCGACAGCCGGUCCUCGUCUUCGGCCAAACCCUUGUCUCCUGAAAACAGCUCCGGGAACGCAGAUGAGAACCAGGAACCCGAGCGGCCCGGGACGCCUGUGCCCAUGGAGGACGCCGACGCCUCAGAGAACGGCGACAAACCAAACGCGCUGUCGGAACCCCGCGCAGACGAGGAAACUCUCACCAAAAAGGGAAAGAAGAAGAAGACCGUGCACUGGGCCGAGGAGGAGCAGCUCAAGCAUUACUUUUACUUCCACCUGGACGAGACGGAGCGCGUCAACGUGAACAAGAUCAAAGACUUCGGCGAGGCGGCCAAGAGGGAGCUGGCCAUGGACCGACAGACCUUCGAGAUGUCGAGGCGGCUCUCUCACGACGCCAUGGAGGAACGCGUGCCCUGGACCCCGCCGCGGCCCCUCAUGCUGCCCGGGAGCCUGGUGGUCCCCGGGGCCAACAGCACCGAGAAGCUCACCCAGAGGGACCGCGAGAUGGGCAUCCUCCAGGAGAUCUUCCUCAGCAAAGAGAGCGUUCCCGACUGUCCGCACGAGCCUGACCCCGAGCCAUAUGAGCCCAUGCCUCCUCGCCUCAUUCCCCUGGACGAGGAUUCGUCCGUGGAUGAGAGCUACGCAGAGCCCAUGGACACCGCUCAGCCGCAGGGUGCCGGGAUCGCGGGCGGAGACAACAAGCUGCCCCCAGUCUUGGCCAACCUCAUGGGCAACCUCAGCACCAACUCCUCCCGCAGUCCCCAGCAGGCAGCCAGCCAGCCGGUCGCCAACCCGGCAGCCCCCGGCGUCAACGUCCAGGAGCUGCUGUCCUCCAUCAUGGGGGCCCAGGGAAACCAGUCGACGGAGGACAUCAUCAAACAGCCCGACUUCAACGAGAAGAUCAAGCAGCUGCUGGGCUCGCUGCAGCAGACCCAGAACCAGGGCGGUCCUCCAGUGAACCCGGGAAUGCUGGGCCUGGCUCCGGGAAUGAACAACAUGAACAACAUGAACAACAUGAACAAUAUGAACAACAUGAACAUGCACAUGCAGAUGCCCAUGAACGGAGGCUACCCGCCCAACAAUGCCCCAGGAGGCCCCCGCUUCAACCACCCCCCGCCCCCACACGGCCCGCCCUUCAACCCCGGAGGCCCCCGCAUGAUGGGCCCACCGCCGGGACAGGGCCACGGCGACAACGGCAACUACUGGGGCGGAGACGAGUCCAUGAGGGGCGGCCCGCACAGAGGGGGGCACUUCCACAGGGGCGGGCGAGGACGGGGAGAAGGACCAGUCGGCUUCAGGGGCCGAGGGAGAGGAGGACCGAGAGGAGGACACAACAACAUGAACGACAUGUCCAAGAGGCCCGUGUGCCGCCACUUCAUGCUGAAGGGAAACUGCCGCUACGAGGGGAACUGUGCCUUCUACCAUCCGGGCGUCAACGGGCCCCCGCUACCCCCCAACUACAACGGCAACUAG